AUGAAGGUCACAUUAUUAUUAAAAGCACAGUUAUCCCCUGUCAGCUACACAACUAAGAAAUCUUUCCAAAGGCAACUUGAUCAUUUACCAUCCACAGCCUUCCAAUACUUUUUUCAACUUGAAGUCCAGAAAUUGCAUAACGUCUCGAAAUACAAAGAUAUCAUAAAUUAUGUAAGGGGUAACAGUAAUUUCAAAAGGUUUACAAGAAACGAAUGGGACAAUAUGUCGUUAACCAAAAAGAGGCUUUACUACGCAUCUUUUUGCCAGUCCAUGAACAUUGACAUAUGGAAUGUCAGUAAAGUUGAACUCGCCAAAAGAUUAGAAAUCCGCAUACCAGCAAUGAGUGAAUAUUUAUUUUUCAGAAAUAAGUUCAAGGUGAAGUUUGACUCCCAUUGGAGUUCUCUAGAACGUAAAGAUUACAGAAGUAUCUCAAAGUCUUCUGUCACUAGGAAGAAUGGAGCUACAGAAAUAUAUUCAAAAAACCGUGCAAUCGCAUCCGUGAGCAAAAUUAAACCUCGAAAACGAUUAGUGGCAAUGAAAAGAAUUUCUCGUUUAGAUAACUUGGCAAACGAUCAUCCCAAUGAAGCUCAAGAACACCUUUAUGACUAUAUGAAAAGGUUUCAACAAAUGUGCAAAGAAUGUCGGUAUGCUUGGAACGAAAAGGUUGACUAUGACCAAAAAUUGGAAAUAAGAGAAAAAUUACAACUAUGGAAGUCCAAAUUUGAGGAGAUGAUGGAUAACGAAAUACAGAUAUUGCAAAAAAACAUGGAAAUUAUGUCAAAAUUCGGUCAUGGAAGCGAAGCUUAUCUUACAACGUCGGAUGACAAUACAAACACAUCACCAAAUAAUAUUCUUCCCAUGGCAUAUCCACCAAAAAAGAAAUGA